AACGAAAUGAAUUAUAGCAGCAUAGAGUGAGUGAGUGAGUGAGAGAAGGAGAUUCUGAUUUGAUCUCGCCUUAAUCUCUCAGAUCUGAGCUUGCCGUCGUCGGAAUCCAACUCAAUCUGGGUCGGAUUCUUAGGUAUCACCGCUCCACUAUUAGUUUAAGCCUCUCAAUAAAAGGUUUUUAUUUCGCUUCAAAUUCGAGGUUUGAUUUGAAGUUGGAAUAGCUUAACUGUUGUGUAAAACAGCCAGCACACACAAGCAUGGGAAGCCAAGACAACAACGUAGCAUUGUCAUCAAAUUCAUUUUUAGCUUACAAAUCUGCUAAGGUGUUUGUCGCUGGCCACCGAGGUCUUGUUGGCUCGGCCAUAGUUCGCAAGCUCACUCAACUUGGGUUCACUAAUCUGGUCUUGCACUCCCAUGCCGAGCUUGAUCUCACUCGACAAUCUGAUGUUGAAGCCUUCUUUGCCUCUGAAAAACCUGAAUUUGUCAUUGUAGCUGCAGCCAAAGUUGGUGGCAUCCAUGCCAACAACACCUACCCUGCCGAUUUCAUUGCCAUCAACCUCCAAAUCCAGACCAAUGUCAUUGAUUCUGCUUAUCGCAACGGUGCUAAGAAACUAUUGUUUUUGGGUUCCUCUUGUAUUUACCCCAAAUAUGCACCCCAACCGAUUCCGGAAGAUGCUUUGCUUACUGGACCGUUAGAGCCCACCAAUGAAUGGUAUGCCAUUGCCAAGAUUGCUGGGAUCAAAAUGUGCCAGGCUUACAGAAUUCAGCAUAAGUGGGAUGCAAUUUCUGGAAUGCCCACCAACUUAUAUGGACCAUACGACAAUUUUCACCCCGAGAAUUCACAUGUGUUACCUGCUCUCAUGAGGAGGUUUCAUGAGGCAAAGGUCAAUGGUGCCAAGGAGGUGGUGGUGUGGGGCACAGGAAGUCCAUUGAGGGAAUUCUUGCACGUCGACGAUUUGGCAGAUGCAGUUGUCUUCAUGAUGGAAAAGUAUAGCGGACUUGAGCAUUUGAAUGUAGGGAGUGGAAAGGAGGUUACUAUUAAGGAAUUGGCCGAGUUGAUGAAGGAAGUGGUGGGAUUUGAGGGUGAUCUUGUUUGGGAUUCUACGAAGCCAGAUGGGACUCCAAGGAAGCUGAUGGAUAGCUCCAAACUUGCAAGUCUGGGUUGGACACCAAAAGUCUCACUCAAGGAUGGGCUUGCUGAUACCUACAAAUGGUACUUGGAGAACGUCAAUCUAUGAUUCGGUUAAACAGAAUAUGUGGUGUCAAAUUCUAUAAGUACUUGUUAUUUCACAACGAAGAAUUUUUUGUUAAAAAAAAAAUUAUCCAGAGAACAGUACUUGACCAAUUUUUCUGUACCAAUUAUGUGCAAUGAAAAUUUCAGUUUUUUUUUCCGUGUUUUCUAGAGAUCAUGAGAUUAAGAACCGUUGUUAAAAACUAUGAACAGAGAGUUGUUAUUUCACAAUCAUAUUGCCUUUGUUUCAAAUA